AUAUUUUGCGAGGCCGGCUUAGAUUGGGCUGAAUGAUAGGGUAACGAAUGACAAUCAUGUUUGGGUUUCAUCAAAUAAUACUCCUAUUUUUACGAACUGGGGUAUGGAUGAACCUAACGAUGUCGCUGGGACACAAGGCUGUGUACAAAUGUACCAUACUGGACUGUGGAAUGAUAUGCGCUGCUCAUAUUCUCGAAACUAUAUAUGCAAACGCCCGGUUAAUGAGGUUUGCCCAGAGGGAUGGGCCGCCUUCAACAGACGUUGCUACAAAUACAGCGAUACCGCUAAAACUUGGAAUACGUCUCAAGCUGCAUGUAUGGCUGAUGGCGGAGGACUUGCAGAAAUUACUUGCUCUGAUGUGAAUGUAUUCCUUGUAACUUUAACAGUCGGUUCCACAAUUGCAGAUGCUUGGAUAGGGCUGAGGGUGGUUGAUGACCAACAUACAUGGUUGCCAUCGGGCAAUGUUGCAACGUACUUCAACUGGGCACCUGGCGAACCUAACAAUCAUCAUCUUCGGAAAACUGUAUUGAAAUGUAUCAAGAUGGGAAAUGGAACGAUCAUAACUGUGAAAACGCCCGACGCUUCUUUUGUGAAAAACUGCCGACUGUCCUUCCCUAUGAAUAAGAAAUGCGUAGCGAAUUGGACUUGAAGUGAUCGGACAAUGACCUAGAUUUUUGCUGAAGAUUUAUUCUCAUGUAUAACCAAAUAUUUACAGUCAUUUUCUUUUCUUUAAUAAUGUCUGUGUGACU